UGGCAGUCGGAAAAUGCCGUACACAAUGUCACUCUUACACUCAAUCUGGAGACACAAUUUCAGUUUAUUUCAACCAUCCUUCGAUUUAAAACAUUCCGUCCCGCUGCCAUGUACCUCGAGCGAUCUGUUGACUUUGCUCAGACCUGGCAACCCUAUGCAUACUUCUCAAACAACUGCCCCCGUGACUAUCCCCACAUUCCGGAACGACCCAGACGAUUCUUGAAUGACGUCACUUGUACCAGCAUCUACAGUCAGCUGACACCCUCCGAAGGCGGCGUUGUGGCUUUUAUGGCUGCUCCAAGUGAAAUGCACGCAAACCUUCCACCAUAUAGCGAGGAACGACAGAACCUCACAGCCAUUACCAAUCUACGAGUGUCCUUCACACGCCUCAAUACCCUAGGUGACAUGAAUUUGGACAAUUCUUCAGCAAUUCGCCGAAAAUACUACUACGCCAUGUACGAAUGGAAUGUUUGGGGCAGGUGCUCGUGUUUUGGGCACGCCACUCGCUGUAAACCGAAAUCCGCCAGUGAGAUUCCAAAUCUAGAGAAGGUUUAUGGUGUCUGUGAAUGCACGCACAAUACAGCGGGCGAUAACUGCGAAAAGUGCGCCAGUUUCUAUCAGGCGAAACCUUGGCGUCCUGCUUCCCGAGACUCUGCAAAUGCCUGUGAAAGAUGCGAAUGCCACGAUCACUCCGACCAGUGCUACUUCAAUCCAAUCCUCUACCUCCAGUCUGGGAACGUCUCGGGUGGACAUUGCUACAACUGUCGUCACAACACAGAGGGACCGCAAUGCGAGUUCUGCAGCAUCGGCUUCUACCGGCACCCAGACUUCCCCAUAAAUCAUCCCCAAACAUGCCAACCCUGUAACUGCCACGCGGGUGGGUCAGAAGCGCACGAGAGCUGUGACCAAUACACGAAUCCAGCCGAGGGCAAGGUUGCCGGUCGUUGCGUGUGCAAAGCCAACGUUGGCGGCGACAAGUGUGAUCGUUGUCGUGACGGCUAUUGGAAUUUCCGAGCUGAUAAUCCGGACGGCUGUGAAGAAUGCAAGUGUCAUAUGCUUGGAACACUGGAGAACAUUGGAUGCGAUCAAGUCACCGGGGCGUGUACUUGCAAGCGAUACGUCGAAGGCGAAUUCUGUGAUCGCUGUAUGCCGGGAUACUUCAACUUGACUGCUUCGCCAUCUGGCUGUGAGCCGUGCGCCUGCAGUCCAAUCGGUUCCAUUGGGCCGGACUGCGACCCCGACCGAGGCGUCUGCAGGUGCAAGCCGAACUUCAGCGGUCGUGAUUGCAGCCAAGUCGACGACGGCUACUUCGUGCGACCCUCAUACGUGGUCAUCAAUCAGGUCGACCGACCUAUUGAAAUCAUAUCAGAAGGCGUAAGACGGGACGGUAACUACGUGUUCAUCAUCGAGACAGAGACCAGAUACUUUGGUCCGAAUGACAGGUGGGUGGUUACAGUGGAUGUUAGACAGGAGGGAUCACAUUGUCGAAACUACCCCUACCGUGUCGAAAUCAACGCAGAUACCAGGAAGCUCAUCUUGCCCUCAGUAUGCAUGGUCGGUGAUCGGAAAACCAUUAUCGUCAUCAUGCCAGAAUCGCGUGAAGGAUCGCCUUACGUUGAAAUCGUCGUUGGAAAUGUUAUCAUAAAGCCCGAUGACGGAGAGACUGGCAACAUCGCGAGAUACUGUGAAACCUACCGUGAAUUGGCUGACCAGAUACGGAGGGGUGAAGUUGAACCCGAACGAAUGCCUCAACUCUGUCAGACCUACUUCAACACCGGCGAGACCCACUGGAAAGAUACCGUCGCUGUGGCUGUCCCUUGCGAAUGCAACAUCACGGGAUCCGUCACGCCAAUCUGCGACAAACGAACGGGUCAGUGUCCUUGUCGACCUGGCGUUGUUGGCAGGACCUGCGAUCAAUGCGAGGCCUAUCAUUACCACUUCAGUGCCUCCGGCUGCACAGCAUGCAACUGUCACCCUGAGGGGUCAGUUAGUCUGCAGUGCGACCCCAUUUCCAGCCAAUGCCCCUGUCGACCUGGGAUUGAGGGAAGGAAAUGCGACAUUUGUGGAAGCGGACACUGGAAUUUCCCCUACUGCCAGCCCUGUGAGUGCAAUGGCAAAGCUGAGGAGUGUGAUCAAGUCACCGGUGCGUGCAUCGACUGUCGAGACAACACUGGCGGUCCCAGGUGCGAGACCUGCGCCCAGGGCUUCUACGGCGAUCCGUUGAGGGGCGUGCCUUGCAGGCCCUGUGAAUGCCCAGGGGGUGGUGUCGAUCAUUCCGAGGGCUGUCAGAUGCAUCCAGUUGUCGGAAUGCAGUGUCACUGUCAGCUAGGCUAUGCUGGUCCCCGGUGCUCUGAAUGCGCACCCAACUACUACGGCAAUCCCACGGAACUCGGAGGCUCGUGCCAGCCCUGCGAGUGUUCCGGCAACCUUCCGCCAGACGGUGGCUGCGACCAGGUCACGGGUGCCUGUCUCGUCUGUCUGCACAACACCGAAGGCGAGAAGUGCGAUCGGUGCAUCUCCGGGUACUGGGGCAAUGCAAGUGUCCAGGCCUGUCAACAGUGCAGCUGCUACCACUUGGGGACUGUGGGCGGGUCAGGUGCCCCCUGCGACCGUCUGACCGGCGCCUGCAACUGCCUCCCGAAUGUCCUCGGACCGCGAUGCUUCGAGUGCGCCCCGCAGCACUUCAAUCUCACCUCCGGCAAGGGCUGUGAGGCCUGCAACUGCGAUCCAACUGGAUCUCUCAGUCUCGAAUGUCACCCAUACACUGGUCAAUGCACCUGCAGGCCGGAGCGCAGUGGAAGGAAAUGUGACCAGUGCCAGAGGACAUUUUACGGCGAUCCGCAUCAUCCAGACGGCUGUCGACGUUGUGACUGUGAUCGAACGGGAUCGUUGAGCGACGUUUGCGACCCCGUUACGGGACAGUGCCUCUGCAGGGAGGGCAUCAGCGGGAGGCGCUGUGAUCGAUGCGACCGCGGCACAACGGGAGUCCUUCCAAACUGCAGCCCGUGCGGUGAAUGCUGGACCAACUGGGAUAACGCCAUCACCGCCGUUGUUGACGAAAUGAAACGUCUGAAGAACCAGACAGCGAUUCAACUGCCUGCCGACUUGAAGCCCGUCUACGACAUACUGAAGGGCCUGGUGGAGCAAAUCGAGUUGAUUCCUGGUUCGAAUCUGACGAAGGAACAACUGGACAAGCUGACCGAGACCUCCGACGGAGGUUCUGGCAAGCUGCUGGAGGCGAUCGAGGAAUUGGGGAGACUUCAGUCGAAGCAAACCUCAAUCACUCAGAGCAUCGAGAAUAACGAAAGGUUCUUGAAACAGCUGUCAGCUCAUCUCGAUCGAAUGAUCGAGAGUAGCAAGAACUACUCCAUUCAGGACCCGUAUGGUGCUUACACGGCUCUGGUACAGGCAGAGGAAGAAGCCCAGAAAAUAGAAGCUCUCCAACGAAGCCUGGAAUCUCGCAGAACGACCUUAGAAGCUCUCUUUCAGUCGGCGACUAGAGCUGUCGCCGGACGAAGCGAAGCCGAUGAAGAGCUUAAGCGACUCAUUAAGGUCAUUAACGAGCGCAUGGAGGACCUUCGAGGCGAAAUUCGGCAAAUUAACCGGCAAAUGUGUGGUGACAAUCAACGGAGCGCUGUAUCUGGAUCCGAUCUCAAGACCUGCCCGUCGGAAUGCGGUGGCGCGGGCUGCGACCAAGUGACCGCGGAGAUCUUCAACUUGAACGAAUACCUCGAUUCCUGGUCGCGCCCCUCCGACUCCCCGUUCGGCCUUAUUUCUGGCUGUGGGGGUGCUACAGGAUGUUCCAUGAGUACGCAGGGUCGCCUGACGGAGUUGAUGGCCGAUCACCUGACCUCACAGAAUCAGUUGACCGGCGUGCUUCAGAGGUCGGCCAAAGUGGACAAUCUGAUCGCCUCGGUCAGCACACAGAUGAUUGAUUACUCUUGCAUUGUGAAUUCUUCUCGUUCGAAAGCCGAGGAUAUUCUGAGGGAGAUCAGCGCGCAGCUGACGAAUCUCCGUUCUCGAGUUGAGCGUGUGCAAAAUUUGACAAACAGCGUAAUUGAGGACGGUCAAACGGCUCUGAAAAAAUACGAAAACCUCACUCGGGCUUAUUAUGAUGAGUUAGUGCGUAAAAUCCUCGGUUUGAAACACACCAGCACUUUGCACGAGGCACUGGAACUAGGCACCUCACUCGAACGACUUGCAUCCCGGCUCCGUUACCAAGCAGAGCGUAUUCUGGCGGAAACUGCAGUCGAACGCCAAAGCGCCAAUGACCUCCGCGAACGAGCUGAACUCAUAAUGAAUAAGGCAAAGAGUUUCUUGGAGCAAAUGAAUAAGCUGGCCAACGCUAGCACAAUCUACGACGAGUUGGAAGCCAGUGGGACAUUCGACAGUCUGGAAGAAGCCAAACACCGAGAGCAGUCGAAAAUGGUGAAGGAGGAAUUGGACCGUCUGGAGACGGAGAGGCAGCUUCUCUCUCAGGACAUCAGCGCGCAGGUCGAUCAGGCUGAGCAGAACGCUGCAGCCGCUCGGCGUCUCCACGAAGAAAGCGCCGAUGCCAGGCGCCAGGGCCAGACUUCGUUGCAGAACCUUCAAAUGUUGAAUACUUCGUUCGGAAUGCUUGAUGAAAAACUGGACUUCCUGACUGAAGCUAUGGACAAGAUGGUCGGGCAGAACGGUGGGGCUACCACUGAUCCUCUACCGAACAUUCAGGAUCCAAGUGAACUCGCCAAGCAGGUCAAUGCUUACAUCGAGAAACUCGAAGAGGAUCUGGCGAAGGUUGAAUCAUUGACGAAACCACUUGAUUAUGCUGAGGAGGAAGCGCUGAAUUUGACGAACAAACUCGAAAAGGUUGUGAAGGAAUUCAAGACGCUUGGUUCACAGAUCUCUCCGAACACCAAACACCAGCAAUUCUGCAGCUAA